GAAGGAGGCUGCAGUGAAAAACACUAAACUGUUCUUGCCACCAGGUGUCUGUCUUUCCUCUUUCACACACCUGACAGCUGAGGACAUUUUCUCCAAGUCCCUUUUUUCCUGCGUCUUUCUGAGACUAAUGCACACACACCUUUUGUCAUACUCAUGAUCGUCUCCCUCCCACCUUCAAAUGCUGCUCCGAGUCAGCAUGUGAAGGCAGCUGAAAUUCAGUGUAUGAGGAGCUCCUCUCGUCUCCGUGCUGGUCCUGAUCAUGGGGUUUUCUCUCUACCUCCUCACUCUGCUGUUUCUUCUUUCUCAGUGCACAGCUCAGUGGUGUUACCAGAGCCAGUACUCCUGUGAUGACACAUGCAGAGACCCCAGCCACUGGGCAGCUCAGUUUCCCAGCUGUGGAGGAUUACGCCAGUCCCCAAUUAACAUUGUCACCAGCAAAGUGCACAUCAACAGCGCCCUGCCACCCUUCGACUUCAUCGGCCACACCAACACCAUCAACAUUACAGUGCAAAACAAGGGACACUCUGCUCACUUUGCUCUGCCUCAGUCAGUCCGUCUGACCGGAGGAGCUCUGCCGGGUCACUACAGAGCCGCCCAGUUUCACUUCCACUGGGGAGGAAACGGGAGACCAGGAUCAGAGCACACCAUCGAUGGAGAGAGAUUCCCCAUGGAGCUGCACAUCGUCCACAUCAAGGAGCCUUAUGGUUCUCUGGCAGAGGCUGAACAUGACUUGGCAGGUAUAGCUCUGCUCGCCUUCCUGUUUGAGGAAACCACAGAUGAUCAUCCUUAUUUGGACGCAAUAAUAGCAGCGUUGGGCCGAGUGCAAAACAAUGGCAGCAGCACAGUGAUCCCAAACUUUCGCCUCAGUGACAUUAUUCCAGCUGCAAAGGACCUUCACAGCUACUACCGCUACGUGGGCUCCAUGACGACUCCAGGAUGCGAGCAGGCAGUCGCAUGGACGGUUUUUCAUAGGACCCUGUCCAUCAGCAGUCGACAGCUGGAUGCAGUAGUUAAACAGUGUCGGUUUUGGACCGGACAGCCAAUGACGGAUAUCUUCAGACCCACACAGCCUCUGGAUGGCAGAGUUGUUUACUGCUCCAAAGCGGGUACAGUUCUGCCGAGUGUGAGCAACUUAUGGUUUGGCGUUUUCUCAGUCGUGCUCGGGACAACGGGUCUGAUACACUGACUCAGUUCAUGAAAAAAAAGAAACCUGAUUUGAGCAACAAAAGCUCCUGUAUGUUUAAAGGCAACUCUUACAUUUGUGCAAGUGAAACAUCAAAGUCAAAAGAAACUUUCACUCUGAUACAACCUCAGAAUAUUUGCAUGAAGCGUCACAGGGGGAAAUUGUUUACCUUUGACCGUGUCAGUUCACUGCACAAACGCAACCCCUACAUAAAGUUAAUGUUACACCUACUUUAAACUAAUGUGUUACAGCCACAAACACAGGGACCCAUCAGUGAACAUCAUUACAGCUAUAACCUGUCUCAAAGUAAAAAAUUCCCACUGCUACCAUUUGAGGCCU